AUGUCUAGUAUAUCCGGUCGCCAGGCGCCCAUUGUCAUGGUCAUAGACUUUCACCAUGCAAGGGGCCCCGAAAUUGAGCUGUGUUUUGGAGAAGAUGGAACCGAUCCAGCGACAGAGAACGACUGGAGUUUGCUACCAUUCAUGGCACUAUCGGACGGGGCGCAUAUGUCGACCGAGGAGUUCUCCUACUUCACGCUCCGCCGAAAGGAGACCGCCGCGGAACCUGCAACGUCCCUCUUCGGUAUAUCUUGUUCUAGGCAGCUCGAUUCGAAUUUGCUCCGAUACCGACCAUCCGAUGUGACGAGAUCUACCGUACAAAAAGCUGUUGUUGUCAUCACAGAUAGCCCUCAAAGUCUAGGGCAGCUGAGAGAGAAGUUGUCUAUAGUAACAUCGGCUUGGUUUGCGCAGCGGGACUUUUCAGAUAUCGAUAUCCUUAAGAAAUUCCGAGAAAGCCUAGUGAUCAGUCUGAACAAGGAUGAGAGUUUCAAGGAUCAAAAUCUAGGACUGUCUCUCCGUGAAAUGAUCCAUGAGUUUAAAUAUCAAACUCUGGUCUUGUUCAAGGCUUUGCUCUUGCAACCCAAGAUGCUUUUCUUUGGUUCUAGAUGUGAGCGUUUGUGCAUGAUACAAUUUUCUCUUGUCUCUUUGAUGCCCGGCCUCAUAAACUACCUCCAAGAUUGUGCAGACCCAGCAUUCGAGAGAUACGAGAAGACUGUAGAGAAGCCAACUACUUUGAAGACAAGUGACAGGAGUUCUCUGUUGGCGUAUAUGGGACUGCCGCUACAGAUUUUCGGGAAGGGGAGUAUGUUCGGGCCGUACACGCCUCUACAGCAGCUGGAUCUGCUGGCAGAUCACGGCACAAAGUCGUAUGUAGUCGGUUCUACAAAUUCACUGCUUUUGCAGCAGAAAGAUCGCUAUAGUGACAUCUUAAUCAACCUUGAUGAAGAUACAAUUAACAUCAUGUCACCCUCUCUGCGAAGUGCGUUGGCCCUGUCCGUCGCAGACAGGCGCUGGAUCGAUCUCCUUACCCAAAUUAUCAACGAUACGUGGGACGAAGCGCAUCCGGAGCAACCCAAGACCCACGGGUAUAUGGGCUCCGAGGAAUUUAUAAGACUGCAGUUUGAAGAAUACCUGCUUUCAUUACUAUCCUGCAUUAAAUAUCACGAGGAAUUGGAUUCUUUCAACACCGGCGAUCCAGGCCGGAGAAGCAGAGAGCAGUUGGAGGCGUUCAACAUAGAAGGGGACCCUGCGUUGGAAUUCAACGCCGAGUUUCUAGUCCAAUGGCAAAGCACUUCCAAUUAUGCUCUUUUCAAACGCCUGACCUCUGAUGCGUUGUUGUUCUCUAUUGUCGAGCCUCGGCAUCCCUGUGCCGGAGGCCUAACCAUGGAUGAUCUUCAACGACGGCUUUCUCAGCAAGUCGCGGAUCUUCAUCUGGACGAACGUGUACGUGAAAGUCGCGAGGCGCUCAAUAGGCAUAUCAGCACGGGCCAAAAGAAAGUAACCGCAGCGUUCAACAACUUCUGGUCCGAUAUCGAAGCGAUGCGGGAAGCACAGCGGAAAAAGAAUGAAGAGAAAGCGCCGCAGUCCGAGCGAUCGUCCCUGGACAAAGACCCUUCCCCGCCAUUUUCACCUUCUGAUACAGCAUCUGUACAUUCUACUAGUGGCUCCUCUUGGUUCGGUGGUCGCAAGGCUCCUUCGGUGGAUAUUGCUCAAGCACAAGCAUCCGUGAGUGCGGCUGGGCAAAGGGCGGGAGCGUACCUCAACUCUUGGAGCACCUGGGCCAGCGAAAAGAGGAAAGAAUGGCAGGAGAAAAAAACACCAUCCUCUCCGACUUCUGUAACCUCACCAUCCUCGACCUCAGCGGGUACCACGGAGCCGGGUGACCCACCAGAAAGAGGUAGACGAUCGAUGCAGGCAACUCGCAGUGAAGACUCUGCUUUGUCGCGCAGCGCGAGCCGACGCAAGAGAUGGAGCAAUAUGUUCCUGAGACGGGAUAGUGGCGAGUAUAGCUCACUUAAUAGAAAGGAAGUCCCUGUUCAUGACAGCGACGUGUCGCAUCCAACCGAGCAGCCGUCUAGGGAGGCAGAUGGUUCCGCAGAAGCUCAACUCAGCAAAAUAAAGGAGAAUCUCAAGCUCGGCGAUACAAAGAAUACUACCACCAUGACCCAAGUCCCAUUUGCGCCGUCCAAAUCAUCCGUUAAGCCCCAGACCGCCAUUGAUGCAAAGGAGACCACAGCAGAAGAGCUAGCACCCACGCAAGUCGCCCAGACCACCGAGCUCAAGACUCAUCAAACAGAAGCACUCCCCGCAGGACAAAGCCAAUGA